AGCUAGCUCGCUGCUACUCAGAUAAUGUGCACUGAAAACGCAGGUGGCUGACAGCGCAUUUCAGAGAGGGUUUCUUCAGUGAAUGUGAUAAAAUUCAAUCAUCAUUGAAGCUAGCUGUUCCUCCUCUUAUCAAACGGCGCUUUAGAUUAUUUAGUGUUGUCACAGAUAAAGUCAGCUAACAAAAUGAGGAAAAGAACACAGUGUACCAGCACUGGAUGUCAUGCUGCAGCCGUUGUGUUUUGCAGAGUUUUUGCAGUGAGGCAUCUAAUCUGCAGUUUGUAACAUUAAUGUAACAUCUUGUCAGCAUAUGUGAAACAUUUAUCUGGACUCAGACGUGACAGUUCUCCAUGCAGUGUUAUAUAAUUGAGAUUAAAGAGGGAGAGAGCUUCUCAUGUAAACACAGGAGGUGAGCUGCAUGUCUGUUGUGGGCACUCAGUGGAAGGACACUUCACCAGGCAAAGAAGCUUAUUGGGUAGACUAACCAUGAGGGCUAUUCCUGUCAGUCUAAACUCUAAUAAACUCCCGGAAUAGGACCAGCCAGGGAAGCAAAGGUGGGCAGAAUGGGCGAGCGGGGUGUCAGCAGCCCUGUGGCUACCAUCUCUCCAGUGCAGCAGAUGCUGGCCUCUGGCACUGGAGCCCUCCUCACAUCUCUGUUUGUCACACCACUGGAUGUUGUGAAGAUCAGGCUGCAGGCUCAGCAGACACCAUUCCACCAAGCUUCAGGGUCUUUAUCUGCUCCGUGGGAUGGUGUCUCACGCCGUUCCAAGUGGAAGUGUUUCCUGUAUUGUAAUGGGCUGAUGGAUCACAUCUAUGUUUGUCAGAAUGGAACCAGUUGCACCAGCUGGUACAAAAAGCCCACACAUUUCAGCGGGACUCUUGAUGCUUUUGUGAAAAUCACUCGCCAUGAAGGACUCCGGUCUUUGUGGAGUGGGCUACCACCAACUCUGGUUAUGGCAGUACCUGCUACUGUCAUUUACUUCACCUGCUACGACCAGCUCCGGGACUUCUUGAGAUUCGGUGUGGGUCUUCAAGGGAGCCACGUCCCUCUGGUUGCUGGGGGUCUUGCCAGAUUGGGGGCUGUGACAGUGAUCAGCCCUCUGGAGCUGGUCAGGACCAAGAUGCAGUCCUGUCAGCUGUCCUACAGCGAGCUGCAGACAUGUAUCCGCUCUGCUGUGGCCCAGGAUGGACUGCUGUCUCUCUGGAGGGGCUGGGGACCCACCGUUCUCAGAGAUGUGCCCUUUUCAGCUUUGUACUGGUUUAACUAUGAAAUGGUGAAGGCCCAGCUCUGUGAACAGUCUGGAGUUCCACAGGCCAACUUCUCCAUCAGCUUCACAGCAGGAGCUGUCUCUGGAGCUAUCGCUGCAAUCCUGACGCUGCCCUUUGACGUAGUAAAAACUCGGAGACAGAUCCAGCUGGGAGAGAUGGACACUUCAGGAGUUUCCUUAAAGAAAACCUCAUCCACCUGGCACAUUAUGAAGGAAAUAUGGGCUGAGUUGGGCUACAGGGGCCUUUUUGCGGGUUUCAUGCCCAGGGUGAUCAAAGUUGCCCCAGCCUGUGCUGUUAUGAUAAGCAGCUAUGAGUUUGGAAAGGCCUUCUUCCAAAAGAUGAACCUUGAUCGAGAGCAGCUGGCAUUGUGAAGGCUGUGGGUGUGCUGCAGUUUGUUUGUCACAGCAGAACAUGCAGAGACUGAAUGAGGACAGGCCUGAGGAUUCAGGCUAUCUGCAGGGAUCUCUUUACCCCAAAUCCAGCCCCCUCAUCUCACACUUUCAUCCCUGGACACAAUAAUUAGCCUGAAUCCCAGGCAGAGAUUCACUGGGACCACAGACUUUGUGUGCUUAUUGAAGUAAAGUUUAGAAACUUUGUUUAGUGCUAAUGUAAAGCAACUUGUACCAAAUUAUUGUACUCUUUUUGUAUUCUCAUUUUCCAAUGAAAAAGAGGAAAUGGGGAGUAAAUCUGAAUGGAGACCCUGAACCCACACACCUGCUGUCCAGGUCAGUGGUGGGAAACCAUUGUAAAGGCUGCAUCCUUAUCAGGAAAAUGUUCGUUUUGCAUCACCUGACAAACUGCAUGGCAUGUCCAGACCUGUUCAUUACAGAGAUCCUAUCAGAGUAAAGCAUGACAAUUUUGACAUUUAUCUGCUGUGUAGAUGAUUAAAUAAAUAUGGUUUGUAUGCUGGAUAGAUCAAGAGUACUUUGAGUGCUGUGAAAUGAAAUCACAAAGAUCAGCUACAGGUUAUUUUGUUGCUGGAAUUCAAGAAAGCCAUACUGUGAGUUUUUUUGAAAAUAACUAAAUUAGUUUGGCUAAAUUGAAGUAAGCCUUAUUGGAAUAAAUGGUAUGAUUAUUCCAGUUAUGACAUAAUUUUCUUUGAAAACCACUUCAGCAAAUUUUCUGAAAAUCACACAGAUAUCUCCAAGAAAUUUGGGGAGACUUGCAACAAAAAGCAAUAACAAAAAGGAGAAAAGCUCCUCAGGUCAUGAAGUGUUUUAACUUGUUAUCCGCAAUGAACAAAAGAUCAAAACUUGACAGGACACUGGGUUGCGAAACAAAAUCUUACUGCCUUAAAUUGAAAGGUAAUGUAAAUGUGUGUCCUUUGUGUGCUUUUUUUUUGUAUGAGUGAAGUAGUAUGAAAUGUUAAGACAGCUGAUCUUUGACCUAUUUCCUAUGGUGUAGUAUUGUAAAUGACCACUAUUGUUUAAUAAAACUCAUUUGUACUAGUUA